AAAUGUGUAUAAUGCACUGGUACAUUAUUAUUUUUUACACAAUUGUCUCCUUCAAAAAAAGUUGUAGAACAAAGGUGACAUAGUCCUGUUAAAAUCAGAACAUGUCACUACCUCUUUAAACAGAUACCAACUAAAAGUUAUUAUCGGUAACCUUUUGGAGCAGCCACUAAGUAUUUACCAUAUUCCCUUUAUAUGUGACUAAAUUACACAGUUCUGUUCUAAUUCACUGACAUACAGUAUAUGGUGUAUUAAGUGUAGCAAACACAAGAACUGUACUUAUCCAUUGGGUCAGAGCUGAUCCACUUGUGGCCCUCUGUGUAAAAUGUACUGGGAGUUCACAUUCAUUGGCAAAUUACCAGGCAGGCUAGAAACCUUUGAUACUUAUUCAUAACAGCACAGUAUGAUUAAAACAUGUACUAGAAAUUUUGGAACUAGAAAAUGGUGGUUAAUAAACAAUAAGUGCAUAUUUAUAGGCCUAAAGGAAAACUCAUAGGAAGCAGCAAAAAAAAUCAUAAAUAAGCAGCAAAGAAAUAAAAAGGUAAACAAUCAUCUAAGCUGAGCUUUUACCUUCUGUUAAAGAUGAUGUAGAACUUCAGUUACAGGUCCUGCUCUACUUUCCUUCUCUGUGUGCCCCACCCUCUUCCUAGCAGCCCAGGCCGGGAGACUUCGAUACAUUGUAACUACCUGGGGAAUCCCCUACUUAGAAUAGAUAGUGUGGAACCUGCUGCUUUUCUUAAAUCAUUCCAGCUGGAUCUGUUGCUUUAGCCUGGCCCAGCCCUGCCGAUCUUGAAGCAAUGCUGCUUCCAAACCCUUCACUUGUUACAGCUUGCCGAAAAAAGGAACAUGCGCAGGACCAGCUUCUUAUCAACAGUUGUACAAUAUAUUUCCAAAAGUCAUGGGUAAGCUCCCAGGGCCCCAUAACACAAUAUUCCAAUCUGUUGAUGUCAUUCAUGAGUUUAUUAAGAAAAGGAUCAACAUGCAUAAAGAGACUCUUGACCCUAGUUCUCCUAGAGAUUUUCUUGACUGUUUCCUCAUAAAAAUGCAACAGGAAAAGGAUGUGCCCCAGACUGAGUUUCACAUGCUGGGUGCUGUUAACACCACAUUUGAUCUGUUUGGUGCUGGAACAGAAACUGUCAGCACAACACUGCGAUAUGGCCUGCUGAUUCUCCUUAAGCACCCAGAUAUUGAAGAGCGAAUCCAUAAAGAGAUUGAUAGCAUCAUUGGCAGGAAUCGCGCUCCAUGUAUUGAAGACCGUUCCCGCAUGCCAUACACAGAUGCUGUUAUCCAUGAGAUUCAGAGAUUCACUGACAUUAUACCCAUGGGACUUCCCCACAAACUGACACGGGACAUUCAUUUUCAGGGUUAUUCCAUUCCAAAGGGUACCACAGUAUAUCCAAUGCUUAGCUCUGUUCUGCAUGACCCAAAGCAGUUUAAAUACCCUUAUUCAUUCAAUCCUGGACAUUUCAUAGAUGAAAAUGGAAAGUUUCGUAAAAAUGAUGGAUUCAUGCCUUUUUCCUCAGCAUUCAUGCUGAUACUGUCCAAGAAGAAGCACCAUGGGAGACUUCCUCCUGGCCCAAUGCCACUCCCAUUUAUCGGGAACAUGCAUCAAGUCAAGAUAAAUGAUCUUAUCAAGUCCCUAGUUCAUCUAAGCAAGAAGUACGGACCCAUGUAUACUUUUCAUUUGGGUUCACGCCCUACUGUGGUCUUGUGUGGGUACGACAUCCUGAAGGAGGCUCUUAUUGACCACGCAGAAGAAUUCAGUGGAAGAGGAGAAUUCCCUGCAGUACAAAUGUACAGCAAAGGAAAUGGAAUUGUAUAUGGCACAGGAGAGAGAUGGAGGCAGCUUAGGCGGUUUGCUAUAACUACACUAAAGAAUUUUGGAAUGGGGAAGAGAAGCCUAGAAGAAAGAGUGAAGGAAGAGGCCCAGUAUUUGAUAGCAGAAUUCAGGAAAAGUGAAGGGAAGCUUUUUGACCCAACAUUUGGCUUUAGCUCAGCUGGUUCUAACAUUAUCUGCUCCUUGGUGUUUGGCAACCGAUUUGACUACAGAGAUCCAGAGUUUUUAAACUUGCUGUACCUGAUUAACAACAGCUGGCACUUAAUGAGCUCCACCUGGGGUCAGCUGCUCUUUGUGUUCCCGAAGAUCAUGCAGUUAAUUCCAGGCCCGCACAGAAAGAUAUACAAGAAUUAUUUGAAACUCGGGGCAUAUGUAGCCAAGAGGCUUAAAAUGAACAAAGAAACACUUGACCCCAACAACCCACGUGAUUUUAUUGAUUGCUUCCUCAACAAAAUCCAGCAGGAAAAGAAACACACUGACUCUCAUUUUAACUAUGAGACAAUGCUGAAGACCACAGUAAAUGUGUUUUUUGCUGGAACAGAAACAGUGGGAUCUACCUUGAGAUACGGCUUCCUCAUUUUACUCAAACAUCCAGAAGUAGAAGAGAAAGUUCAAGGAGAAAUAGACAAAGUGAUUGGCAGAAAUAGAAACCCAUGCAUGGAUGACAGAAGCAAGAUGGUGUACACUGAGGCUGUUAUUUAUGAGAUUCUGAGAUUUGCUGAUAUUGUCCCCAUGAGUGUCCCACAUACUGUAACUCGGGAUAUUGAGUUCCGGGGCUAUACACUGCCAAAGGGUCUAAAUAUUAUGCCCUUGAUAUGCACUGCCCAGUAUGAUGCUACAAAAUUUAAGAAUCCCUCCUCAUUUGAUCCUGCUCAUUUUCUGGAUGAGAAUAUGGAGUUCAAAAAGAAUGAGGCGUUCAUGGCAUUCUCAGCAGGAAAGCGGAUCUGCCUGGGUGAGGGUCUAGCUCAGAUGGAGCUAUUUAUAUUCUUUACUACUAUCCUACAAAACUUCAAGCUAAAACGACUAAUGGACCCCAAAAGUAUUGAUAUCACUCCUGAAAGCAGUGGCCUAGGAAAUAUUCCAAGACCCUACAAACUGUGCCUCAUCCCUCGCUGAAAAAGACGCAGGAAACAUGGCAGCGAUAAGAUCGGACAUGAACUGAACUUUUUAAAAAGUUUAUUGUAUACUCGCUAAAUUAAUUGUUUUCAUGUGCAAAACCAAUAAACCACCUAUAUAUAA